AUGAGAAACCACUCAGUAAUAACAACAUUCAUUAUAUUGGGGUUGACGGAUGACCCACAACUACAGAUUUUGGUUUUCAUCUUUCUGUUUAUCACAUAUAUGUUAAGUAUAAUUGGAAAUCUGACCAUAAUUUGUCUCAUCUUGGUGGAUUCUCAUCUAAAAACAGCUAUGUAUUUUUUUCUUCAAAAUUUCUCCUUUUUAGAAAUCUCAUUCACAACUGCGUGUGUCCCCACAUAUCUGCACAUCAUAUUGACUGGGGAUAGAACCAUCACCAUCAAAGCAUGCUUCAGUCAAGUAUUUUUUAUUGUCCUCUUUGUAGCUACAGAAUUUUUUCUCUUGGCUGUCAUGUCCUAUGAUCGCUAUGUGGCCAUCUGCAAACCCCUGCAUUAUGUGACCAUCAUGAAUAGCAGAGUCUGUAGGAUUCUCAUCCUCUGUUGUUGGGUGUCUGGAUUAUUGAUUAUCCUCCCACCCCUUGGUUUGAGUCUCUACUUGGAAUUUUGUGACUCUGUUAUUAACCAUUUUGUCUGUGAUGCUUCUCCAAUAUUGAAGAAUUCAUGUUCAGAUACAUGGUUCAUAGAGCAGUUGGUUAUAGUCUGUGCUGUGCUAACCUUCAUAACGACUCUCAUGUGUGUAGUUCUAUCCUAUAUAUAUAUUGUUAAGACAAUUCUAAGAUUGCCCUCUGCCCAGGAAAGGAAAAAAGCCUUUUCCACCUGUUCUUCCCACAUAAUUGUGGUUUCUAUCACU